GAAGUCUUAAGCUUCGAGCAACAUCACGCCACUCGGAAUCAUAAAACAAAAUCGAUACUGAUUCCAGUUUAUUGAAAAGGCCAAGAUACGGCCCAUAUAAAAUUUUCUUUAUCGGCCCAAUACGGCCCAUAUAAAAUUUCUUUUUACCAGUAUGAAUCGAACAACCAGGUCCAGAAUGGCCGACCCGACCCGUAAUAGCUCGAAGCAACCACAUUCUCAAAUUGUGGCGGUGUGUUUAACAGAUAUAUGAUGGUGUGGCCACUCGGCGAAGCUACUGAGAUAACCCGGUAAACCGACCUCACGCACUUGUACGCGCCGCCUUCUAUGGCGUUCCUCGCCCUCUCCAUCCUGCCGGCCUCCACGCCGGCGAGCCCCCCGUUUUUUCCUACUCCUUCAACCCCGUUUAAACCCUCUUCUUCAAGCCUGCUGCCGCCUUCGAAUUGUUUCAGGAGAAUUCCCGCCCUGAGGUCGACGAGCGGCCGCCGGCGGUCAUUUGUGGUGGGUAUGGCUCCCGAUGAAGAGAAGAUGACCCGCCGUUCGCCUCUCGAUUUCCCCAUCGAGUGGGAUAGGCCAAAGCCGGGAAGGAGACCGGAUAUAUUUCCUCAGUUCAGCCCAAUGAAAACUCCACUACCCCCACCAAUGCCAGCCGAUCCUCCGGAAGAAGACGAAGAAGAUGAAGAACAGAAGAAAGAGGAAGAGGAGGAGAACGAGGAAGAGAAUCCGGAUAAGGAAGACAAGUGAAGUGAUAUCUUCUAGUAUUGCACUCGAAGAAACAAGUAGGUAUACCGUAUACGAGACCUCCCGAUGACCUUUCUUCGUGCAGAUUAUUUUUGAUCGACGACCCGUUUGAUUUCUGAGUGUAGACAUUGGCCUGUAAAGUUGUAGGCUAUGCAUCUAUCCUCCCUGUUUAUGUGAUUGAGCUCGUAAUGAGGCUUUAUAUAUUUCGUUGUCAUUCAAAUCUGAGAUUUUCUGUCAUGCAACAUGUAACAAUAUUUGUAGGCUCUUUUUUUUCUUUUUGAUACUAAUGAGACCAUACAUGAUAGCUUAUGAUGUA